AUGUCUGAAGCUGAUCAAGCUGCUGAAGCUGUGCAAAAACUUCAUUUGGAUGAAGUCACUGGUGAACGUGUCUCAAAAUCUGAAUUGAAAAAGAGACAAAAACAACGUCAAAAAGAUGCUGAAAAAGCUGAAAAAUUAGCUAAACAACAAGCUAAUGCUGAAGCUAAUCCUACAAAAGCUCCAAAAAAGAAAACUGAUGAUGAUUUAACUCCAAACCAAUAUUUCGAAAUCAGAUCAAGACAAAUUGAUGAAUUAAGAAAAACUCAUAGUCCAAAUCCUUAUCCUCAUAAAUUUCAAGUUAGUCAAUCUUUAAAAGAAUUUUUAGAAAAUUAUAAAGAUUUGAAAAGAGGUGAAACUUUACCAGACGUUAGUGUUUCAGUUGCUGGUAGAAUCCAUGCCAAAAGAGAAUCUGGUUCAAAAUUGAAAUUUUAUGUCUUGAGAGGUGAUGGUGUUCAAAUUCAAAUUAUGGCUCAAGCUCAAGAUUCCACUGAACCUUUUGAAGAAGCUCAUGAAUUGAUCAAAAGAGGUGAUAUCAUUGGUGUUGUUGGUUAUCCUGGUAGAACUCAACCUAAAAAAGGUGGUGAAGGUGAAAUUUCAAUCUUUGCUACAAGAGUUCAAUUAUUAACUCCAUGUUUACAUAUGUUACCAACUGAUCAUUUCGGUUUCAAAGAUCAAGAAGCAAGAUAUAGAAAAAGAUAUUUGGAUUUGAUUGUUAACAAUUCAACAAGAGAUAGAUUUAUCACUAGAUCAAAAAUUAUUUCAUACAUUAGAAGCUUUUUGGAUAAUAGAGAUUUCAUUGAAGUUGAAACUCCAAUGAUGAAUGUUAUUGCCGGUGGUGCCACUGCUAAACCUUUUAUCACUCAUCAUAAUGAUUUAAACAUGGAUAUGUACAUGCGUAUUGCUCCAGAAUUAUUUUUAAAAGAAUUAGUUGUUGGUGGUAUGGAUCGUGUUUAUGAAAUUGGUCGUCAAUUUAGAAAUGAAGGUAUUGAUAUGACCCAUAACCCAGAAUUUACAACCUGUGAAUUUUAUCAAGCUUAUGCUGAUGUCUAUGAUUUAAUGGAUAUGACUGAAAUGUUAUUUUCUGAAAUGGUUAAAAAAAUCACUGGUGAUUAUGUUAUUAAAUAUCAUCCAGAUGGUCCAGAUGGUAAAGAAUUAAGUUUGGAUUUCUCAAGACCAUGGAAAAGAAUUAAUAUGAUUGAAGAAUUGGAAAAAGUCUUUGAUGUUAAAUUCCCACCAGGUGAUCAAUUACAUACUAAAGAAACUGGUGAAUUCUUGAAAUCUAUUUUAAUUAAACAUAAAUUAGAUUGUCCACCUCCAUUAACUAAUGCUCGUAUGUUGGAUAAGUUGGUUGGUGAAUUAGAAGAUAUGUGUUUCAACCCAACUUUCAUCUUUGGUCAUCCACAAAUGAUGUCUCCAUUAGCUAAAUAUGAUCGUUCAAAACCUGGUUUAUGUGAACGUUUUGAAGUUUUCGUUGCUACUAAAGAAAUUUGUAAUGCUUAUACUGAAUUGAAUGAUCCAUUUGAUCAAAGAGAAAGAUUUGAAGAACAAGCUAGACAAAAAGAUCAAGGUGAUGAUGAAGCUCAAUUAGUUGAUGAAACCUUCUGUAAUGCAUUGGAAUAUGGUUUACCUCCAACUGGUGGUUGGGGUUGUGGUAUUGAUAGAUUGGCCAUGUUUUUAACCGAUUCAAAUACCAUUAGAGAAGUUUUAUUAUUCCCAACUUUGAAACCUGAUGAUUCUGUUGUUCCAUCAAAAUAA